GGAUUACCCACAUGCUGGCUGAAAUCUUAGGAAGCCAUUUACAUGGGUUUUUGUUUCAGAUUUUUACCUCGCAAAGUAAAUUUUAGGUGUUCUGCAAGAUAAAGAAAACAGCGCAAUAAUACUGGCAGGAAAGAAAAUCUAAAGAUGACGGAGAAAGACGGCGAUGCACCAGGCUUGUCUCUACAGAGAAAGUUAGCAGAUAUAAAAAGUACAUUUCUGUUCACCAAUUGGUAUGGAGUUGCAAAAUGUCACAUGGACGAUAUGGGAUGGGUAACAAUUUGUGGCGCUCAGAGAUCCGGUAAAACUACGCAUGCACUGAUGCUGGCCGACCAGUACUAUCAAGAUGGAUACGAGGUGCUGGUAGAAGAAAACGCAGACAGCUGUGGCCUCUUACAACCAGAGGAGUGGAGCAAACCGACUUGCCUUGUGCUAGAUAAUAUUCUGCAGUCCGACAAUGUGACAGCAGAGAGUCUGCAGAGAUAUUUCGAGACUCUCCGCAAACUAGAGAGUCGUGUAUUCAACGCAGGUGCUUUUACCUCAGAUUUCAAAUUAGUGUUGACUGUGGGCAUUUACGAAUUCAAUGCCCAUGCUAAACAGUUGAGCGAGUUUGACAAUACGUUUUUCAAGAUACCAUCGAUUGUAAAUUUGUCCGAAAUUCAUCUUACCGAAAACGAAGAAAAGGAAAUGCUGUUUAAGCAUUUGACGCAUGCUGGAAUAAUGUAUCCAGACCUCCUGCCACUUUACAUAUUACAGGAAUUCCGUUGUGCCCCGUGGUAUCCAUACCUAUGUCGUCGAUUUGUUGAACUUUAUCAUGAGAAUGAACGUUUUCGAGAUCUAUACGUUGCAGCCAUGAGGUUAAAAAAAGAUAUUCAUGCUCUUGUUGCAGACAUCCGAAGACUGUUUUCUAUCGAUAACUACGAAACUGAUAUGAAAAAAGUGGCUCUGAUAUUCCUCAUCCAGAAGGGUGGUCACAUUGCUCUAUGUGUGGAUGAGAGCCAGAAGGAAGAAUUUAUAACUGGACAUGACAUGUUGGAGUCCAAUACUACUGAUGGCGAGGAGACGGCUCCUGAACUGAUAUAUCGUGUGCCCAGAUGUCCCGUGCCUAAACCUUCAGUGGAUGUUAGCCUGUAUGAAAAGGUUAGAUUAGACAAUGGGAUUGAACAACACACCUACGAUCCCACAUGUGACUGUAAUUUACAAAGCACUAUGCUAGGACUUUCUGUGAAUACAUAUGCACAUGUUCUGCAUACAGACACCGAUUGGUUCAAUAACAUGAUUGACAAAGACCGCAUUAAAUUCGCACAUGAAGAUUUGGACAUUGUCCUGAAGGAGGCUGCAUCGAUUGUAGGGUUAAAGUCAUUUAAAGAUUCCCUGAAAACAGAAGUGUUAAAGGCAUUCUUAUUAUUUGACGGAACUCUAGUUUCUGUAACAAACAAACACGUGCUAUUCAACCACAAUGUUUAUGACGCCGUUGCUUACGUCAUGGGUGAACUUGACCCGAAAUUUGCUAUCGAUCACUGUUCGUUGCGGUUUAUCAGUGACAGGCUGGCGAUAGAUCAGCGUACUGCCCCGUUGUACACACACAUGUAUAACAUUGUACUCGAGGACGAUUCUAGGUCCACUUUGAUUGACAGACUUAUUCGGGAGAUAAAACAGGGUCAUCUUGCUUCUCCAAUGUCCCACCCAAGUUUGCUGAACAAACACAUGUCUGAUGAUUUUCAGUACAAAUUGAUCGACAUUUGUGAUGAAGUAGUUCACUGUUGUGACAAGGGUACAGGCUAUUACUUCUUGUUCUGGGCGGCACUAAGGCAACAUGGGUUGUGUGUAAAGCUACUGCAGUCAGCACUGUUUGGUGAAACUGAACUUCUACAGGGCUGUCUAGCCUGCUGUCUUAACGGUGAUAUACAUAUAUUGAAUUUGUUGCUGGAACGAAUCCCUGACGCAGAAACAUCUCUGGAAGUCCCAGUCGGUGAUUUUGCGACAGUUCAUGAUGCAGACGAAGUACUCAGUAGCCUGUCUCCAACUGACGUGAAUAAGGUAUUGUUCCCUAUGGAGAAUGUCCAUUACCAUGGAUACCCAGGAAGUCGCAUGAUCCACAUCGCCAGUGCAUGUGGCCACGUCGAUGUCGUCAGUUGCCUCAUACAGAAAGGAUGCGACGUAGAUGCAGUCUGUCUGGAGACGGAGACGACGCCACUUAUGUUCGCCAGCAACAGAGGUCACUUAAAGGUUGUAGAGCUGUUGGUAGAGAACGGGGCGGACAUACUACGAGUGAACAAAGAAAAUGAUUAUGGUCUCCACCUGGCAUGCAGAGCCAACCACGAGCAUAUCGUGCGCUUCUUCCUAAACAGCGGUAUGGACGUAGACUGCAGAGGGGAACAUGGAAGAACGCCUAUCAUGUUUGCGUGUCGUUUCGGGUAUGAACGUCUUGUAAGUUACCUGCUCAGCAAAAACCCAGAUGUAUAUGCUAUACCAAGAAAGGAUUUUUACGAGAACUAUAACCACAACUGUCUGCAUCUGGCCUGCAAACAUGGCAGUGUUACAAUCGUACAGGCCUUGUUUGACUAUGGCAUGGACAUCGAUGUGAUUUCCUAUGACUACAGAAGGACUCCGGUAAUGUUCGCAUGCCGUCAUGGACAACUACAAGUGGUUCAAUUUCUUAUGCACUGUAAAGCUAAUAUGACAACGGUUGACUUUGGUGGAUUUACCUGCCUACAUCUUGCAGCGAUGAACGGCAAUGUUGAUUUGAUAGAGUUGCUUGUGAGUACGGUAGGGAUGCGUAUCGACUGCCGAUCUCAUAGCGGAACCACGGCACUGAUGUACGCUGCCAGUAAAGGUUUCGUUGAAGCUUUCUUUUUGCUGAUCAAGCACGGGUCAAACCCCUAUGCCAUUAACCGAAAGAGGCAGACGCUCCUACACAUGGCAGCACGAGGAGGCAGUGUUCAGAUUAGCGAUUGGCUCCUGCACAAAGGAAAAACACUACAAGUGAAUGGGAAAUGCAGACGUGGUAGCUUACCAUUGGAUAUAGCUAUGGAAUUUAGUCGUUUGGAGUUGGCCGAUUUAUUUAAGAGCUGGAGUGGCCACAUGUCUUGAAUAUUCAAUUCACCACUUUGCUGUUCUGUAAAUACCAAAUGUUGGAAAUGUUCUUAAUAUUAACGCAUACAGAGUACACCAUCGUGUCUUGUCUAUAAUAACCUUAUGAAUAUAUACGGACCUAACGUAGAUGAUCCUUAGUGUGUUUUUUUUUAAUAUUCUAGAAUACAUUGAAGAUUCCUGAAACGAAAGUUAUAUAUUAUGUAUAUAUUUUAACCUAGUAUUAAACCAAUCGUUAUGAUAGUAUCAGACUGUCAACUGUUACGACGAAAUUAGCCAACUGAACGGUUGCAUUGUAAUUGCCCCAACUCCCGACUUGGACGAUAUUCUGAUAUUUUUAUAUAUAAAACCUUGAUAUUUUUAACUUUAAGACGUCAAUUAAAACUGGAUUAAAGCACUGUAUAAUACUUCCCGAUCAAGUAUAAUACAAAAUGCAUUUCUCUCUUCACCACUUAAAUUAGAAAGAGGUUGUAGGCACGUCGAUCAUUUAUCUCCAUAUAUAUUUGUUUUAAUGGGGUUUAAAACAGUUUACUUUAUUGGGUAUCAACUUAACAAAACAUUAUUAAGAAUUAUUGAACUAAACUAUGAAUAUUUUUUUUUUUUACUAUUGUACCAAAUAUUAAUACCUAAAAUGUCAUCUAUAAAUUGUGGGUAUUGUUUUUGUUGUAUCUGUACCCAGCUGUAUAGAGUAUCUUUCCAAAAUUUAUUUAGUAUUUGUUUCAGUUUAAAAGUAAUGAAAUAGUCACCAUGUAUAAUUAAAUCGAUUGUAGAUAUACUUAUAAUAGAUUUAAACAUAUUAGUCCACUUUUGGUUAUUCAUAAACAUUCAUCGAAUUCAUGCAUUUUUAAGAGUCAUUAUAGUUUUGCGUUAUUAAACUGCCUGCUAACUUUUCAGUACCACCGUGUCAAAUAUUUUUUUAAUAAUGUAUUUAAAUAUUUGAGUAGUCUUUCACUUGGGUUAGGUAAAGCCAUGCACAACUUAAAGGGACAUUCCCGAGUUUGCUGCAUUGUAAGAUGUUUCCGACUAAUUAAAUAUUUCUACGAUUAAACUUACAUAUUAAAUAUAUUUUCUUAUUUAGAAUAUCGAUG